AUGCGCCCACCCGGCCGCGGCGGGGUCCCCCCGGCGUCCCCUGCGCUGCUGCUCCUGCUGCUGCCGGCGCUUAUGCAGCUGCUGGGGGGGCCGCGCGGCGUGGUCGCGGGGACCGGGGCUGGCGCGCCGUCUGAGCUGCGGGUCCGCGUGCGGCUGCCCGACGGCCAGGUGACCGAGGAGAGCCUGCAGGCGGACAGCGACGCCGACAGCAUCAGCCUGGAGCUGCGCAAGCCCGACGGCACCCUUAUCUCCUUCACCGCCGACUUCAAGAAGGAUGUGAAGAUCUUCCGGGCCCUGAUCCUAGGGGAGCUGGAGAAGGGGCAGAGCCAGUUCCAGGCCCUCUGCUUUGCCACCCGGCUGCACCACAAUGAGAUCAUUCCCAGCGAGGCCAUGGCCAAGCUCCGACAGAAAAAUCCACGGGCAGUGCGGCAGGCUGAGGAGGUGCGGGGCCUGGAGCAGAUGCACAUGGACGUCACCGUGAACUUCAGCCAGGGGGGCCUGCUGAGCCCCCAUCUCCGCAACGUGUGUGCCGAGGCCGCAGAUGCCAUCUACACCCGCCAGGAGGACGUCCGAUUCUGGCUGGAGCAAGGUGUGGACAGCUUCGUGUUCGAGGCCCUGCCCAAGCCCUCAGAGCAGAUGUUGCUGCCUCGCUGUGGGCAGGUGGGGGACCGCGGGAAGCCCUGCGUCUGCCGCUACGGCCUGAGCCUGGCCUGGUACCCCUGCAUGCUCAAGUAUUGCCACGGCCGUGACCGCCCGACACCCUACAAAUGUGGCAUCCGCAGCUGCCAGAAGAGCUACAGCUUCGACUUCUACGUGCCUCAGAGGCAGCUGUGCCUCUGGGAUGAGGACCCCUAG